AAUUUUCAUAUAUUGACAGAUUCAUAUCUGCUGAUAAUUAUAAUCUCAAUAUUAAAUUGUUAAUUGAGAACUUGAGAAAUGUGAUAAUGAAGAAAUUAUCUGUGUUAUAUAUAACUGAGUCUUCUAUAUCUUUUUCUACUCUCUCUGUUUCUUUCUCUACAUCUCUUUCUCAAUCUCUUAUAUCUGUCUCUGUAUCUGAUUCUCCUGCUUCUGCUAUCUCUGUUUCUGUGAUUCUUACUUCUGCUUCUUCUGUUCUCUCUGUCUCUGCUGCUUCUGCUUUCAUUAUCAGCUCUCUUUAUUUUGAGAAGAUGUUGUAUAGAUUUGAUAAAUUAUGUUUCUCAAGACUUUCUCUUCUCUUUAACAGUAUUGAGAUUAUAAAAAUUGUUCUGAGUUUUAUUAUAUAUAAAGUUAUAAUGUUCACAGAUAUCAAGAAACUUUUUAUAACUGUAAAGUUCAAUAUUAUGAAUAUAUCUACUCUGAUGAAUUUCUUUGAAAUGAUAGAUCUGUAUCAGUCUAUU